AAACGCACGCCACACUGAAACAGGAACUGGGAGCAGAGCCGCUCAGGGCCUCCGACCGAAAGCACAGUGUGGGUGGUGGUUGGGGCUGGGCAACGGGGGCCGGGCAGUAGGGGCUGGGCAACAGAGGCCAGUGAGCCCCCGAGGAAGAGACCCUCACUGAAGAAGUGGACCCUGACGGCACAAGAUGUGGCGGUCCGUGGUGGGACACGAUGUGGCGGUGGCUGUAGAGGCCCAGGGCGAUGACUGGGACACAGAUCCGGACUUUGUGAAUGACAUCUCAGAGAAGGAGCAGCGAUGGGGGGCCAAGACCGUCGAGGGCUCCGGACGGGCUGAGCACAUCGACAUCCACCAGCUGCGUAACCGUGUGUCCGAGGAGCACGAUGUCAUGCGCAAGAAAGAGAUGGAGAUGGGGCCCAAAGCGUCGUAUGGCUACGGGGGCAAGUUCGGCACCGAGCGAGACCGGAUGGACAAGAGCGCCUUGGGGCACGAGUACAUUGCCGACGUGGGGAAGCAUUCAUCGCAGACGGACGCUGCAAAAGGCUUUGGGGGCAAAUAUGGGGUCCAGCGAGAUCGGGCCGACAAGUCCGCCGUCGGGUUUGAUUACAAGGGAGAAGUGGAGAAACACGCAUCGCAGAAAGAUUAUUCCCGGGGUUUCGGGGGCCGCUAUGGGGUGGAGAAGGACAAAGUGGACAAAGUGGCCGUGGGCUUCGACUACAAGGGAGAGACUGAGAAACACGAGUCACAGAAAGACUACUCCGUGGGCUUCGGAGGAAAGUUUGGGGUACAGAGGGACCGCCAGGACCAGUGUGCCGGUGGGUGGGACCACAAGGAGCAGGUCCAGCCUCAUGAGUCCCAGACCGACUACUCCGUGGGUUUCGGAGGAAAAUUUGGGGUGCAGAGGGACCGCCAGGACCAGUGUGCCGGCGGGUGGGACCACAAGGAGCAGGUCCAGCCUCAUGAGUCCCAGACAGACCACGCCGUGGGCUUCGGAGGGAAGUUUGGGGUGCAGAGGGACCGCCAGGACCAGUGUGCUGGCGGAUGGGACCACAAGGAGCAGGUCCAGCCUCAUGAGUCUCAGACAGACCACUCCAAGGGCUUUGGUGGCCGCUAUGGGGUCCAGAGGGACCGCGUGGACAAGAGUGCUGCUGGCUUUGGCGAGAUGGAGACCCCAACUUCGUCCUAUGAGAAAACUACGCCAGUGGAGGCUGCGGCAUCCAGUGGGGCGCAGAGCCUGAGGGCGCGGUUCGAGGCCCAGGCCCAGGCGGCCGACGCCGAGGACAGGAAGAGGGCAGAGGCGGAACGGGCCCGGCGGGCGGCCCAGGAGCAGCGGGAGCGGGAGCUGGCGGCCGCCCGGGCUGCCCGGGAGUCCCCUGUGCCAGCCGAGCCCGCCGCCCCCCAAAAGGCCGGCGCCCCCCUACCCGCCCCGGGGCCCCCGGCCCGGCCGCUGUUUGUGGGAGAACCCCGUGGUGGGCCCGUUGCUGCCCCGGUUCCUCGGGACUCACCCCGUCAGCUGCCCCUGCCCGUGCCCCCGGUGCCCACGGUGCCUCCGGGGAGGGGCUCCCUGCAGGAGCGGGAACGUGAGCGGCUCCCAGCCCUGCCCACCAGGCCGCCGCUGCGGGAGGAAGAGCUGGAGGAGGAGCCGGUGUACGAGCUGGAGCUAGAGCCGGAGCCAGAGCUGGAGGCUCCUGCCCAGGCCCGGCCCCAGCCCCCGGCCCAGGCCCAGCCCCGGCCCCCGGCCCAGGCCCAGCCCCGGCCCCAGCCCGAGGAGCCGGUGUACGAGCACGAGCCCGACCCCGACAGCGACGGCGACGGCGACUACGAAGACGUGAUGGACCCCCCGGAGCCGGUCUACGACGUGGGCGACGACGCCGAGGGCGACUACGAGGACGUGGACGACCCGGCGACGUCUCCCCUUCCCGGACCCCCCGCCGGGCACGGGCAGCCCCGGGGGGCCGCGCCCUCGGCCGUCGCGCUCUACGACUACCAAGGAGAAGGCCCCGAUGAAAUCUCCUUUGACCCCGGCGACACCAUCACCGACAUCGACAUGGUGGACGAGGGCUGGUGGCGCGGCUCCUGUGGGGGCAGAGUCGGCUUGUUCCCCGCCAAUUACGUCCAGCUUAGGCAGUGAGCCCACAGCGCACGACCCCCGCCCGGCCCCCGCCCGCCCCCCGCUCGGCCCCCUUCCCCUUCUCCUCCCCCUCCCCGGCCCCUUCUGAUGCGGGGACCGAGACCCGCCCGGGGCCGGGGUCACCCAUCCCUCCCGGGGCCACGGAACAGGGCUCCGGAGGUGCACGCCAACCCCCUUCUCCUUAAGCCACGCUGAGAAGCGGCUUGGCGAAGUGGCUAGAGCACGGGCCCGUCAGAAGGUCUUGGGUUCUAAUCCUCGCUCUGCCACUUGCCUGCUGUGUGACC